AUGUCGUAUGCCUUCCAAAGCCCUCGAGCACAACAGGCUUCUACUUCCUUGCCACCAUCUCACGAUCCCUACUCCCACGAUUCGCAACGGUACGAGCCCUACUCUGCUUCUUGGGACCAACCUCACGAACGCUACGGUGACAGCCACGACAGCAAUCCAUCCAGAGGACUGCACCGAGACAGCGACGACCAAUACAUCGACACGUACGCUGACCAUCGCGCUGGCGCUGCUGCCGUCGCCGACCCCAACAUGACCUCCGAAAAGGCGGGCUAUGGAAGCCCCUACGCUUCGAAGCGGGCGAGCGGCAACUCGAUCUGGACCAAGGAUGACAAGCGUGCCUUUCAAUCUCGCAGCUGUCCUGCCAAGCUCUUCAGAAUCAUCAUUGGCAAUCUUAUUCUCGCGAUCAUCUUUAUCGUGUCGAUCAUCUUGCUCAUUGUCACGUUCCUCCGCCCGCCCAACGUCGCUAUCUCUGGAGUGAGCGUCCCCAGUCAGAACGGUGUCAGCUACCAGAAUGGCGCUUUCUCGUUCAAUGUCAGCGUUGACAUCUCGAUCAGCAACCCCAAUUCGAUCUCAGCCAGCAUCAGCAAGCUCAAGGCCACCGCAUACGAUUCGCAAGACCAGAGCACCGCUCUCGGCCACGGCGAGAUCACCAACCAAAAGAUCAAACCCAACGACAACACUACCAUCGUGUUCCCCUUCCAGAUCUCGUACGAUCAAAGCCAGGAUUCGGAUCUGAGCAUCAUCAGGAACAUUGCCUCGGACUGCGGUCUCAGCUUGCUGGGCGGAUCCAGCAGCGGUUCGGGCGAUCUGAGCUUCCUGUUCAAGAUCGAGGUGGAUGUGGAAGUGCUCAGCAUCACGGUGCCGGUCAACGUGAACCGCAACGUCUCGUUCCCGUGCCCCUUGAGCGGGACGAGUCUGCAGGGUGUCCUGAGUGGAUUGGGAAGCGCGUUGGGUGCGGGACGCCGAGCGAUUCUUGGAAAAGCAACGGAAGGCGAAGGUGUGACUGAAGGUAUCGUACGCAGGCAACUGGAGAAGAUGGACGUGGUCGAGUUGGCAAACUGGAAGGGCGACAUGAGCGCCGUCGAGCUUGUUGCUGCUGCAGCGGAUGGGUUCGUGCGACGCUACUCGCCGUUGAGCUCGGGCGGCGCGGCAAAGCUCGCUGAUCAGCACGACGCUCUGUAA